AUGCACCACGCCCAGCCAUAUCGUCCUCACGCUCUGGCCCCUAGAAACACUUACCUGACCAAGUUGACAGCAAAGAAGUCGGAUAAUCUACUGGCUGGGCUUGAAUUCACCAUCUCCGAUGCGCACUUCGUGGUUCAAGCUCGCGAGACACCACGCUUCACACCUCUUGGACAGUCACCAGAGCUUUUCAGGACAUCCCUACAGGCUACUGGGCAGAACCUCCUGAGCACUACAGCAGACACAGCCGCCAUAAUGUGGAAACAUGUCAUUGGCUGGCCGGGGCUUCUUCCAUCUGCACCUGGCGAGAUUGUGGGAGGGCCAAAGUGCUUCCUUACAACAUACCCUAGAUGA